GAUGUAAAUAAAAAUGGUCUCAAACAAAUAUGGCGAGUCCUAAAAAUGAAAACACCAAGUUGACCAAGGAUCUGGUCAAAGAGAUCAACGAUGUUGGAAACGUAGUAGAGGAGCAGUCGCAGAAAAAAGAUUCGAGUAGUGAUGUUAUUGUUCCAAUCCACAAACAACUCAGUGAUGUUGCCCAGUUUUCCUAUGCAGCACUGUGUGCCACUGCUCUGCACUCAUUGUUUGAGGGAGAUAUUGAUGGGAAGUUUAGAGAGGAAACAUUUGCCUUGAUAUUGAUAGCCCUUGAGCAACCUCAGCAGGUUUGUGAGUCAGUGCGGGCGAUGCUUCAAGGUCAAGGACUUGAUGAUAUGGAUCCCUACAUUGACAUACUGCUCGCUGAAGAAGCCUUAAAAGAGGGUGCAGAACCUAUAAUUUCUCAGUUAUUGGCCAUUGGAAUUGGUCAGGGCUGUUAUGAUGCUCGCAUGCGGGUGCUAAUCAAACAUUUAGCCUGGCGGUUGAAAGUGGGCUGGGAGACAGUGGAGGAUCUUGAAAUAUAUAUGUCUGAAACAUUGGCUCUGUCACAGUAUGAAAUGUCAGAUUACCAAUGUGGAAAUGAAUUAGAAGAAAAGUUGGAAAAGUUGAAAAGAGCAAAAAGAAGAAAGUUUAAACGUUACGCUCUGAUUGGCUUAGCUACUCUUGGAGGUGGAACUUUAAUUGGCCUUACUGGUGGUUUAGCUGCUCCUUUAGUAGCUGCUGGAGCUGGUGCAAUAAUUGGUGGUGCAGGUGCUGCAGUACUUGGAUCCACCGCUGGAGUUGCAGUCAUCGGCUCUUUGUUUGGUGUAGCUGGGGCUGGGCUGACAGGUUACAAAAUGAAGAAAAGAUUUGGUGCUAUUGAAGAGUUUGAGUUUGAGCCUUUGGUUUGUGGGAACAGCUUGAAAGUUGAAACAUUGACUAACCAGCUACAUAUAACCAUAGCUGUGACUGGUUGGCUGACAAAUGAGUUCAGAGAUUUCAAGCAGCCUUGGAAAAACUUGGCAGAAUCCAGAGAGCAAUACUGCUUGCGAUGGGAGACCAAAUAUCUGGUUCAAAUGGGAGAGGCUUUGGACUACAUAUUCAAUUCUGCCAUGACAAUGGCAGCACAAGAAGUUUUGAAGCAGACUGUUCUCAAUGGUAUUCUGACAGCCAUUGCCUGGCCAUCUGCACUGAUUUCUGCUGCCAAUUUUAUUGACAACCCUUGGUCAGUAGCUUUACAAAGAGCUCAGACAGCAGGAAAAGCUUUAGCAGAAGUUCUUCUUGCCAGAGAACAGGGGAACAGACCAGUAACUCUUAUUGGUUUUAGCCUUGGUGCUAGAGUUAUAUUCUCUUGCCUGGAAGAACUUUCUAAAAGAAAAGAUUCAGAGGAGACUGAAGAUGAAAAAGGUAGUGAGGGAAUAGUAGAGGAUGUUAUACUGCUGGGAACUCCAGCCUCGGGGGACCCUGCUAUUUGGUCAAGCUUUGCCAAAGUUGUGGCUGGAAAGAUUGUAAAUGGGUACUGCAGGGGUGAUUGGCUUCUCAAGUUUUUGUACCGGACUUCAAGUGUUCAGAUUAAUAUAGCAGGUCUUCGUCCAAUCAAUUGGGCAGACAGAAGAAUGCAUAAUAUUGAUCUCAGUGAUGUGGUUCAUGGACACUUAGAUUACAAGCACCAGCUGGACACAAUAAUGAAAGCUGUGGGGAUGAAAACCAGGGAUGAACUCCUUGGAUUCCCUGGCUUUUCAAGGGAAGUCACCCCAAUCCCUACUCCUGAACGGGGACCUGAAUUAUCAGAUGAUGAAUGCCUCAAGGAAAACUGGGUAGUUGUUCCAGAAGACACCUCCUCUAGCCCUGUCAUCCUUGAAGAUUAUAGUCCAGAUGGGUUGAUACAGACAAACGACAGGGUCAUACCAGAGUCAGCCAGCUUUGACUCUGGUGUUGAGGUUUAUAGGAGAGAGUCCGAGUCAAGGGAGAGGCUCUCUAGCCCAGAGCAGAACGCACCAAGCAAUCUUACAGAACCAAAUCCUGUCAUGCUCGGAGCAGUGUCACUCAGUCAAGGAAACAGUGACUCACCCGAGCUUGUUUCAGACUCGUUGAAAUGGAAUGAACAGGACAGAGUUGGUGAUGCUGGGGUCAACGGUGAGGAUCAGGAUGAGGAUACCUAUGUGGACAAGGGAGACCAUUCCCCAGAUGAGCUACAAGAAAAAGUGGAAGAUGAAGCCAGCACUCUGCAAAGGAAAAAACUUUUUGACAGCAUGUACAGAUUAGUUUUAGAUGAUGAUCUAAUGGAAAUGAUGAACGAGGAGGAUGAAGAGUUACCCACAGGGGACAUAAGCAGCUAAGUAGAUCUCGUUAUUAGAUUGUAAAAAGUUUUAAAAAACAUUCCUACACAAACUUUCCUUUAUGGUUAUAUUAUAAAUGCUUGGAGAGAAGCGUUGGGAAAUAUAAUUUAACCAGCAGAUACUGACAUAAUCUUCUGUUUUAUGGAAGAUGAUUUAAAUGUUGAAUUGUAAAAAUAUUGUGCCAUAUAAAUGUUGCUAUAUAUUUCUAACCAGAACAUUGUUAUCAGCAUAGAAACAUGCACUUCAUGUUAACUGUUUCAUUCCAUGUAUGCAUUGUUUUUGAACAGAAGUAAAAAUGAAUAGCUGUAUUUCAAAUAACUUGAAAAUUCAUCCAGAUGUAUUUUUUUUAGGAAAUACAUCACAUAGAAACAAAAUGCAAUGCCAGUAUUUAAAAAUUAUUGUUGAAAAAGAAAAAAAUACCCUUGUUGUUUAUUCUAUUUUUUGAAAAGCAAGCUAAACUAAAUUAUGUCCUUUCAGUGAUGUGAUUUGUUGUUUACUUUUUUAUACAUCUAUAUUUCUUUUAAGAGUUAUCUAUUUUUUCUUUUUUUUUUUUUCUCCGAAUCUUUACACAUUACACAUAACAAAAUGUCAAUGGCUCCUUUCUUCAUGAAUUUGUAAUGAGUGAACAUGUUAGUAAGGCCCAGUGAGAAGUUCUAGAUGUGUGUAUACAUAUUGUGCGUUUAUUUUAUUUUAUUUGUUUUUGCUUAUGUUACAACAUUUAUUGUUAUUUAUUCAACUGAAUGUGUAGUUAGUGUUUUCUUAUGCAAAUGUGAUGGAGGUCAAAGUGCAAUGUAAAUUGGCCUUUACACUCUGAGUUUUCUGGGGGUUUUGGCUUCUUGUGAAAUUUUGCAGAGUGGUACAAGCUUUGUUUUAUGCAUAAACAAUUUAUUGUAGUAAAUCUUUUAUUUUAUUUUAGAUUACAUUAAAAUUGUAUAUACACUUUUGAAUAGAUUUUUCUUUACUUAGUUUUUUUUUUAAUUUGAAUUACAAUUAAUUAGCAAAAACCAUAAACACUAACAAAUUGUGUUUAUUAGUGCUGGUACACUUCAAAUCCUAGUAUGGUAGAAUAAUGAUUCAAAAUGUCAGCUUAUAUGUAAAGCAAAAUUUUAAAGAUUUGAUGGCAGGAUGGUUGCCUUUCUCAUCCUGUACCAAUUUAAAGUUUAGGAAUUUAGGGGCUAGUGCUUAGGACCAGUACUAAAAAUAAUGGACCUCAUUCACCAAUCGUAAACACAACAAUGAGUCAUGUGCUUCUCUAAUUCUUCUAUAAAAAUUACGAUCUAAUUUUAAUCAACAAUGAUUAUCAUGUGACAGUUGUUUUUUUUUUGUUGUUGUUUUAUCAAUAUUAUCAUGUGACCGUUCAUUUUGGUGAAUGAGGUCCAUUAGGAGAAUGUAAAAAGAAAAAAAGUAAAGUUCCCCUUUCAGACCUUGAAGCCUAUAGGAGAAUGUAAUGGUGGCAAUGUUUAUCCUUUUUCAACCCUAUGUUACCAUUGAUUACAAAACUUAAGUUCCAAAUUGUAAUUCAUUAAUACCAGUCUGAGAGAUAGGAGAGCCUUUGUUAGUUCUUCAUGUUAAAACAAUACUCAUAAUGUUGUUUCUUAUUUUGUGGAGGUAAAGAUGUAACAGGAAGUAGAUGUCAUCAUAAUGUAGUAACAUAUGCAUGGGAGUCAUUUACUUCGUUUUAUUCCGCUCUAUAUGUUGAAAUCUGACUUUUUACACUUUCAUUGAUUUUAUGUGUUAAUUUAUUUACUACUACCUAUGGUCAGAGCAAUAGCGGGGUGAAAAUUCAAUAAACAAUAAUAUGUCUGUGCCCAAUAAUUCCAUUGAGUGAAAUGUUAUCCGAAUUGAGUAUUUCCUAUUUUUGUUAAAAGCUUUUAACCCUGUAAAUCAUUUUUCUUUUUAACUAAAAUGAUUCUUGGGGAAGGCUAUUGUGGGUCAGAAUCAGAAAAUAUUGUUUUGAGGAGUUCACAUUUCUCUUGAUUGUGGUCUGAUCUACUAGACAUUAUCUGGUAGUAUCUAGCAAUAUCAUUUUUUUGGGGUGAGAUUUGAAAGGUGCUCUUACAAUGUGAAGAUAAUAGAUUCUUAAACGAAUCUUAUCUUUUUUUUUCCUUGCUGUUCAGGCCAAUUUUUAUGUAAAUACUUUCAUUGUGAUUUCUUGGUUUAUCUUUGAAGCAAGUGAUGCCACAAUUCUUAUUAACUCUUAAAGCUGUUGCUUUUCAACUUUAGCACAUUCCCAACUUUGAAAUAGCACAUAUUUUACAUGACAUUAAGUGCUAAUGAAGUUUCAAAUGCAAAUGUAUACACAUCAUAUCUAAUAGUUAAAUUAAAUAAACAUGCUCACUAUAAAAGUUUUAACAACUUUGAAAAAGGUUGUAAUUAUAUUUUCACAAUAAUUAUUGACAAGCUACAUUUUAAACUAUAAACAGAUUUUCAUUCUCUUGAUGUCAAUAUUCCUUGAUGGAAGUAUCAAUCUACAUGACAUUUACCAGUAUUUGAUAUAUUUAUAUUGUUAUCAGCUAAGUAACUUCUGUACAUUCCAUGGUUAAGUCAUUUGAUUGGGCUGCUUUUAUGAUUAACAUUUGUAUAGAAUGUAUAUUGUAAUUCUAUUUAAUCUUGCUGGUCCAUGGUUCGUAAACUGUUCAGCACUUUUGUAGCUUAUCUUUACCUAAAAAAAGUUUAAGAAAAAAACUCUUUACGAGACAUUACAAUGUCAUACACUUGGCUAUUUGUAAAUCUAGUCAAAUAUGUUUAUUAGAAUUGGGUUACUUUGACCAGUUCUGGCCACACCCUUAAUUCCUAAAUAAUCUUUUCAUUGUUUAAAUGCUUAACUCAUGAAUUUACUUUUUAUGUUGUGAGACAGCACUUCCAAUGUAGAUAGCAGGUUCUAGGCUAGAGGCUAAAAUAAAAGUAGAACUCCAAUCCGUUCCAAGUUUAAAUAGCACUUAAAAUAUUUAGGCAUUAAAAAUAAAAUAAAAUAAUUUAAAAAAAAAAUACAUUUACUGGAUUGUUAGGACUAAUAAGAAAUUUUACUGUAAUGAAAUUAUUAUUUGAUGACCAAGAAAUAUGAAACUAUCCAGAGAAUGUUUUUUACAUUACUGGAAACAUGUCUACAAGUUCUUUGAUCAACCUCAAACCUUUAUCCAGAGAAAGUUGCUUACAUUACUGGAAACGUCUCUGAGAUGUCUAAUGAAUCUCAAACCUCCCAGAUUUCAAGUUUAGCUUUUCAUUUGAGUUAAUGUGUACGUUGAAGGGUUAAGCAGGCUUGUUUUUAUACUACAUAGAUUUCUAUCACUACUAGUCUUUAUUGCAGGACAAAGAAACUGUCACAUAGGUUUAAGAUGAAGGCCUGACUGUGUAUGUUGUUAUAGCCAGCCUAAAACAUAUUUGUUUUAUUGGUUUCAUAAGUUUUUAACAUUCCUUCAGAUAAUUAAAUUUAUAUAUUUAUCUAAUGUACAUUUAAAAUAUCUUCUUUUAAUAAACUUGUCAGUAAUAAGUUAUAAAAACACAAUUUUUCAGUAGUUCUCUUUUGAAGCUGAGUAUUUACCAUAAACUAUUUAUGAUUUAUAACAUCAUUUUUUUUUUUACAUUUUUAAAUUUCAAAGAAAAUAUUUACAAAGAGAAAUGUAAAUCUUAGCUGAAAUUUUAAUUAUUUUAAUAAUUAUUAAUUAAUUUAAUUGUAUUUCAAUGGCAUAGAUUUAACAAUAUAGGUCUUAUUCUUAAUCUGAGUGUUUCAAUAGAUAUAUAACCUCUUUUUUAGAACUUUUAAAACAUUUUUAUUGAAAGAAAUUAAAUUUACAUCACAUGCAAUAAUUUAUAUACUUGUUUUGCUUUUAUAUCUUUUCUGUUACUUCAAAAUAUUAUACCUUAACAUUUUCAAACAAUUUUGUAAUUGUAGUUAGUGAUUUGCUCAUUACAAGUUGUGUAUUGCUGGAUUGAAAUGUGUGGAUCAGCCAAGUCAGAGUGGAAAUGUGUAUCCUUGUCAACAUUACAGUUCUCACAUUCAAUUCUCUUCAUCUGAUUUUCCUUUGCUGUUUUCCCUCACAACUAAUGAUGUUGAGGUUUAAGUUUACAUUGCUUGUCUCCCCUUUUACCUUACUUGGGUUUCAGCAAGAUUAGAAUACUAAAAUCUAAUGAUUCUUACUAUCCGUUCGAUGCAAUUAAAGGAAAAAUGUGAUGAUGUUUGGGCUGAGUAUUGUGUUUUAGAACGUUUAUUUUGAGAAGUUAUUACUACCAUAAAGUAGCCCAGAUCUUCAUCAGGACGAUAGGGACAUUUUGCCAGGGUUAGAGUGACAGGGAUGUUUUGCCAGGGUUAGGGUGACAGGGACAUUUUGCCAGGGUUAGGAUGACAGGGACAUUUUGCCAGGGUUAGGGUGACAGGGACAUUUUGCCAGGGUUAGAGUGACAGGGACGUUUUGCCAGGGUUAGGGUGACAGGGACAUUUUGCCAGGGUUAGGAUGACAGGGACAUUUUGCCAGGGUUAGGGUGACAGGGACAUUUUGCCAGGGUUAGAGUGACAGGGAUGUUUUGCCAGGGUUAGGGUGACAGGGACAUUUUGCCAGGGUUAGGAUGACAGGAACAUUUUGCCAGGGUUGAAACUGUUUCCAAAGUGACAUUUACCAAAACUUUCUGGUUACAGAGCCAAACAUUUGCUGAUUGUGACAUUUUAUGAUGUAUGCUUGGAUGAGUUUAGGUGAUAGUCGUGAAAGUAAGAGUUGAAAAGUUGGCAAGAUUUCAGAGUGGUGGUAUUGAUGACAGGUGAUAAUGGUUGAAUCAUGAUGGUUGGUGAGAAGGUAGUUGGUUGUACUGUUGGGAUUAUGGCGUUGGUGAGAACAGAAAUAUGAGAGAGGUAGAAAUAACAGAUGUAGAACUGGAACAAGUUUUAUGAUGUAUUUGAUGAAGAAGCUUAGCAACUUCUGUUUUAGUAAUUUAACUUCUGUUUUAGUAAUUUAAGUUGUUUCAGUAUUGACAUAUUUAAUCUUUAGUUACCACAUGUUAACACAUUUUUCCCCUUAAGUUCUAUUUUUGUUUGUAGUACUUGGAAAUCCAAUGGCAGAGCUUCACUUUUUUUAUUUUUAUUUUUAUUUUUUUUCCUAAUGAGAAGACAUUAUGUGUAGUUUAUUUGAGUUUGCCAAUGAAGUAACUAGUUUUAUUUCCAAACCUAGAGGCCACACUGAUCAAAAGUCAGCUCCUACUGUUUGCUAGCUGGAGCAUGCUACUACUUAGUUGGAGUAUUGUCAUUGUGUUUUUGUUUUGUUUUUUUCUUGAUGAUUUUGUGUGGUACCUACAUUUAUUUUUGUUAUUAAAAUAUUUGUUCUCCAAUAUUUUACUUUGCUUUGUACUAUUCCAUCGGUUGUCUUAUUUUUCUUCUAAUAAAUAUUUACACUUGCUCUUUGAA